GUGUAGCUCCAGUGGGGGGCAAGCGCCAGGCGCCCCUCCCCCAGUCUGCGUCUCCCCAGCAACAGUAGCCUCGGUCUGGGGCUCAGCCCCUCCCCCGCCCCGCCCCAGCUGCGGCUGCGAAGCGUCUGGAACCGCAUCCCUGCCUGGAGACCGCAUCCCGCCGCAGCAGCCCGUCGGAGCCACCCGUGAGCCAUUUCCACAUUUCUCCCUGUGGAGCGAAGAGGGGGGCGGGGGGCGUGAGCAGGUGACUAGGACAAGGACCACCUCCCACCAUGGUGAAGCUGGGCUGGAGCUUCUCUGGCAAGCUGGGCAAAGACAUUGGGGCCCAGGAUGGGGCUGCCAUGGACAGUGUCCCUCUGAUCAGCCCCCUGGACGUCAGCCAGCUCCAGCCGUCGUUCCCUGACCAGGUGGUCAUCAAGACCCAGACGGAGUACGGACUGCCCUCCACAGGCCAGUUGAAGAAGUUCCCGGACCUGGAGGCCCAGAAGUUGGCUGGCACCAACUCAGAGGAAAGACACGGGAUGCCCGCAGCGCGGAUGAUCGCCUUUGCCAUGGCGCUGCUGGGCUGCGUCCUGAUCAUGUACAAGGCCAUCUGGUACGACCAGCUCGCCUGCCCCGAUGGCUUCCUGCUGCGGCACAGGAUGUGCACCCCGCUGACCCUGGAGAUGUACUACUCGGAGCUGGACCCGGAGCGCCACCGCCGCAUCAUGGCCGCCCUGGGCGCCUACCAGCCCAGCGGAAAGCCGGGCGCCGAGCUGCCCGCGCCCUGGAGGCCCAGCCGCCGCGCCGGCAAGGAGGCACCCAAGGAGGCUCCGAAGGAGGCGCCCAAGGCGGCCGCCCAGGCGGGCACAGCCACGGCCACCGUGCCCCCCGGGAAGCCCGCCACGGGUGGAGAGAAGGACCCCGUGGUGCCGCCGGAGGGGAGCGCGCCACCCCCCACCCCCGCCCCGCAGUGAUGGCCCGCGCGCAGCCCGGCAGCGCCCCGACCGCGGCACCUGUGACCACCCCUCUGACGCCGCCCUGCCUCGUGGUCGUGCCCCAUCCCCAGGACCCCGCUGAUGCCCGCCGCCCGGCGCCCCAUGCUCUGUCGCUUUUCUCUGAGUAAAGAUUCACAUCCACGCCCACC